AUGGCUACUAACUUCAGAGAAGUGCGUAUGGAGGUAUAUCUCAACGGCGAAUUCUACUGCGGUGACAGUUGCUGGGUACCAGAUGAGGAAGGUGUGGAGUUGGAGUUUCAGAUCACCGAUGCCAUCUAUGACCUUAUCGGUACCGAUCAGUCGGCACAGAUCCAUCUGGAGCUGCAGGCUGAGACUGAUGAUGACAUCUCAGUCAGUUACUGCGCUUUAGAGGGGAAUGUUGUGAAGGUUGUUUCUGAUACGACCAACACAACAUCCGUCUGUGAAUGUGGGAAGAAAGAGAAGCAGCUGGGGACUGACAUCAAAAAUAUCAUCUCAGAGUUGGUGUGUGAAGGUCUGACUGACCCAGCAAGGCCUUCAACCGAAGGCAUGGAUGCUUCUCUUGAAGCCCCUGAGAACUGCCCAACAGAAAGUACCAAUGGGUGGAUGAACACAAUUGGUACAUUCUUUAAAAGGCUUUUCUGGAGCGAGCCGGAGACUGAACUAGAGGAGUCAAGUGUCCCAGGUCCAAGCAGCUCCGAGCCAUUAGGUCAGGAGGUUGAUGACAAUGAUGCCAUUCUGGUGUCUGAAGAUCUGCAGAUGGACGCUUCUCUUGAAACCCCUGAAGAGAACAACCCAAAAAUGAAGAAGAACAACAAAAUUUGUGCAUUCUUCAAAAAGCUUUUUGGGAAAGAUCCAACUGUUCCAGAGCCAGAAGGUCAGGAGGUUGACAUCGAUGAUGCCAUCUCUGAUUUGAAGAGCCCUACACUGGUGUCUGAAGAUCUGGCCGAGUCAGCAGGGCCUUCAACAGAAGUGUCAGGGAGCAACAGUGGCAUGGACGCUUCUCCUGAAACCCAUGAGAACAGCCCAGAAGAAAGUACCAAUGGGUGGAUGAUGAACAAAACUGGUGCAUUCUUUAAAAUGUUUUUUUGGAGGGAUCCGGCUGUUCCAGAGCCAGUGUGCGUUCCAGAUGCAAGCACUCCUGAGCAAACAUCUGAAACAGAUCUGGUUCCAAGCGUUCCUGAGAUGGAACCUGAAAUUGAUCAGGCUGAUCCAGAGGAAUCAUGUGUUCUGGUUUCAAGCGUUCCUGAGAUGGAACCUGAAUGUGAUCAGGCUGAUCCAGAGGAAUCAUGUGUUCCGGUUCCAAGCUUUUCUGAGAUGGAACCUGAUUUGGAUCUGGCUGGUCCAGAACAAUUGUGUGUCCCUGUUCCAAGCCUUCCUGAUCUGGAUCUGGUUGAUUCAGAUGAAUCGUGUGUCCCAGGUCCAAGCAGUGCUGUGCCAAAACCUAAUGCACGCACUUCCAAGCGGGAUCCAUUUCCAGAAGAAGAUUGUUUUCAAUUGUACAGGUGUGUGAAGGCGUGUACAAUGCGUUACAAACCCGUCACUCAGGUCUGGAACAACAUCUUCAUCGGAAAUGAAGAGACAGCAAGGGACCGAAUGAGGAUGAAAGAGCUGGGCAUUACUCACAUCCUGAAUGCUGCAGCUAUGAAAAAGAAACUCAGGAUCUUGUUGGGAAUUCGAUGGGAGAAAGACAUCAAAGACACAGUUGACACAGGAGCGAGUUAUUACAGAGGAACGAAGAUCCGAUAUUGUGGCUUGCCUACAACAAAGACUUCCGAUAUCAGCAAAUACUUCAUGCCAGCUGCCAAAUUUAUCCACAAGGCCAGGAAAAACUCCGAAAAUAAGGUGUUCAUUCACUGCACAGAUGGUGUCAACUACGCUCCUACACUUUUUCUGGCAUACCUCAUGAUCCACCAAUCCAUGACUGUGGAGGAUGCCAUUGAUUAUCUGGUAAAGGUGAAAUACAUCAAGCCUGACAUAGACUCCCUGAGGAAGCUGGCAAUCCUCAAUAAGAAACUCGUGUGCAAGUUCCUGUACCUGCUGGGUGAAGUCCUCCGCGAUGCCUGGCGGCGGUGGCGGCGCUGGAGAGCCCUCAGUGGACGGCUCGAUACUCUUCCACCGCCUGGUGGCCGCAAGGAGACGGCUCUUCUGUGUUCGGGCAGCCGGCAGGAGUCCCCCAUUCCAUGUGACAGGCUCCGGCCUCAGCGAACGGUGGUGGCUCCUCCGCUCCCUCGCGGACAGCAGCUAGCCGCUCCUCCACUCCCCAGGCGGUUGGCAGCGAAUUCAGCCGUCCCCCUGGCAACUCACUCCAGCCCGCUGCCUCGAGCCUCCAUGGCGAUAGACUCGCUCAGCCACGCUCGAUGGCACCCACCUGUAGAUAAACCUACUCGUGGUGCCAUGCACUCGUACGCCAAGAAAUCUCUGGAUGCUGCGUUCAAAUUUAUCAGCAUUAGAUACACACAUACAAUGGCUACUAACUUCAGAGAAGUGCGUAUGGAGGUAUAUCUCAACAGCGAAUUCUACUGCGGUGACAGUUGCUGGGUACCAGAUGAGGAAGGUGUGAAGUUGGAGUUUCAGAUCACCGGUGCCAUCUAUGACCUUAUCGGUACCGAUCAGUCGGCACAGAUCCAUCUGGAGCUGCAGGCUAAGACUGAUGAUGACAUCUCAGUCAGUUACUGCGCUUUAGAGGGGAAUGUUGUGAAGGCUGUUUCUGAUACGACCAACACAACAUCCGUCCGUGAAUGUAUGAAGAAAGAGAAGCAGCUGGGGACUGACAUCAAAAAUAUCGUCUCAGAGUUGGUGUGUGAAGGUCUGACUGACCCAGCAGGGCCUUCAACCAAAGGCAUGGAUGCUUCUCUUGAAGCCACUGAGAACUGCCCAACAGAAAGUACCAAUGGGUGGAUGAACACAAUUGGUACAUUCUUUAAAAGGCUUUUCUGGAGCGAGCCGGAGACUGAACUAGAGGAGUCAAGUGUCCCAGGUCCAAGCAGCUCCGAGCCAUUAGGUCAGGAGGUUGAUAACGAUGAUGCCAUUCUGGUAUCUGAAGAUCUGCAGAUGGACGCUUCUCCUGAAACCCCUGAAGAGAACAACCCAAAAAAAAUUACCAAUGGGUGGAUGAUGAACAUAAUUUGGAGGGAUCCGGCUGUUCCAGAGUCAGUGUGCAUUCCAGAUGCAAGCACUCCUGAGCAAACAUCUGAAACGGAUCUGGUUUCAAGCGUUCCUGAGAUGGAACCUGAAUUUGAUCAGGCUGAUCCAGAGGAAUCAUGUGUUCCGGUUCCAAGCGUUCCUGAGAUGGAACCUGAAUUUGAUCAGGCUGAUCCAGAGGAAUCAUGUGUUCUGGUUUCAAGCGUUCCUGAGAUGGAACCUGAAUUUGAUCAGGCUGAUCCAGAGGAAUCAUGUGCUCCGGUUCCAAGUGCUCCUGAGAUGGAACCUGAAUUUGAUCAGGCUGAUCCAGAGGAAUCAUGUGUUCUGGUUUCAAGCGUUCCUGAGAUGGAACCUGAAUUUGAUCAGGCUGAUCCAAAGGAAUCAUGUGUUCCGGUUCCAAGCUUUCCUGAGAUGGAACCUGAUUUGGAUCUGGCUGGUCCAGAACAAUUGUGUGUCCCAGGUCCAAGCAGUGCUGUGCCAAAACCUAAUGCACGCACUUCCAAGCAGGAUCCAUUUCCAGAAGAAGAAUGUUUCCAAUUGUACAGGCGUGUGAAGGCGUGUACAAAGCGUUACAAACCCGUCACUCAGGUCUGGAAAAACAUCUUCAUCGGAAAUGAAGAGACAGCAAGGGACCGAAUGAGGAUGAAAGAGCUGGGCAUUACUCACAUCCUGAAUGCUGCAGCUAUGAAAAAGAAACUCAGGAUCUUGUUGGGAAUUCGAUGGGAGAAAGACAUCAAAGACACAGUUGACACAGGAGCGAGUUAUUACAGAGGAACGAAGAUCCGAUAUUGUGGCUUGCCUACAACAAAGACUUCCGAUAUCAGCAAAUACUUCAUUCCAGCUGCCAAAUUUAUCCACGAGGCCAGGAAAAACUCAAAAAAUAAGGUGUUCAUUCACUGCACAGAUGGUGUCAACUACGCUCCUACACUUUUUCUGGCAUACCUCAUGAUCCACCUAUACAUGACUGUGGAGGAAGCCGUUAAUUAUCUGGUAAAGGUGAAAUACAUCAAGCCUGACAUAGACUCCCUGAGGAAGCUGGCAAUCCUCAAUAAGAAACUCGCGCGUAAAAACAAAUGCACAGCACCAGUUAAAAAUGGUGCUUAAACUAAAAAAACAGCAUAGCGAGGUUAGUAAGAUCAGGGAAGAAGGAGGCGGGAAUCGGCCGACAUUCAUGGAUGAGGGUGAGGAGGUCCGGUUCCCAAAACGCACUGUCAUCCAGUCCUGUACCUGCUGGGUGAAGUCCUCCGCGAUGUCUGGCGGCGGCGGCGGCGCUGGAGAGCCCUCAGUGGACGGCUCGAUACUCUUCCACCGCCUGGUGGCCGCAAGGAGACGGCUCUUCUGUGUUUGGGCAGCCGGCAGGAGUCCCCCAUUCCAUGUGACAGGCUCCGGCCUCAGCGAACGGUGGUGGCUCCUCCGCUCCCUCGCGGACUGCAGCUAGCCGCCCCUCCACUCCCCAGGCGGUUGGCAGCGAAUUCAGCCGUCCCCUGGCAACUCACUCCAGCCCGCUGCCUCGAGCCUCCAUGGCGACAGACUUGCUCAGCCACGCUCGAUGGCACUGCGGAUUCACCACAGAGGCGAGGACUCUAUGACAGUGCGUUCCUCCUUCCUCCCGGCCUCGCCCUUAAAUUUUAAUAAAACAUUACAAUUGGUUAAGCAUUGUUGUCAGUGUUCCUGAUUUC